AGUCCAAAAAAGUACAUGAGAAUAUUUAUUGUCAAACUUCAAUCGUCACAAAUAUUGUUAGUUUUAAUUCAAGGAACUUUACAAAAACUUUCUAAGGGUGGAUUCAUUCAUCAGUCUCAAGGCGUCGUAUCACAAGUUUUAAGUAUUGAGAAUUUGUUUUUAUUUGUUAAUAGUAAUUACUUACACCUCCUGCACAUUAAUAUUAAAGCCCACACCAUUCUUCUGGUUCAACCAAGUUCGAAUCCUGAAUCACGUACAUAUUCAGAUUAUGAGUCAGUAAAUGAGUGUAUGGAAGGCGUAUGCAGAAUUUACGAAGAGCAUCUCAAAAGAAGAAACCCCAACACACCAACUAUCACAUAUGAUAUUUCUCAACUAUUCGAUUUUGUUGAUCAGCUAUCUGAUCUGAGCUGUCUUGUAUAUCAGAAGUCUACAAAUACUUAUGCUCCCUACAAUAAGGAUUGGAUAAAAGAGAAAAUAUACAUAUUGCUUCGACAGGCAGCAGGACAUGAAAUGUAACAUCAACAAACUGUUUAUUGUAUGUUGCAAUUAUUCAAGUUUUGUAAGAAAGUAUUUAGACUAGGUUAUUAAUGACUUUACUACUUGGUGUCAUCACGUCCACUCUGAGGGUUAAAUCUUUAAGAUUUUAAUGUAAGAAACAAGUUUUAGGUUUUUACGUUUUGAUAUUUUCAUUCUUCAGAAUUGACGUAAUCAACAAUUGUUUUUAUUUUUCAACAACUUGUAGAAAUACAAAAUUAUGUUGAUAUUAAAAUAUAUUUUCUUCGUGUA